GGGAAGAGUUGCUUGCAAGGAUUGGGGCAAACACCCAGAGGGGAAAGGCGGGACUUCCGCCUCCUGCCGGAAGUGACGCGACAGUCGCGGCCGCCGCCAGGUGGAACGGCAGGUGAGUUCAGGUGCCAUCCUGGCCUGGACCCCGCUGUGGGACCGACGCUUCCGGUGAGCAACAGAGGCAGCUUCCGAGGACCUGGAGACCCGUGGGGAGGGCUCUGGGAACGGAGCCCACCGCCCUGGCCUGGAGUUCCCCGCUGUACCUCUUCCCCAUUCCCCUCCCGAGCUGGGCAGAUAGCCAACCCACCCCAACUCUCGGAACCAUGUUUGCAGACUUGGAUUAUGACAUCGAGGAGGAUAAACUCGGAAUCCCUACUGUGCCUGGGAAAGUGACCCUGCAGAAGGAUGCUCAGAACCUAAUCGGGAUCAGCAUUGGAGGAGGGGCUCAGUACUGUCCCUGCCUCUAUAUCGUACAGGUAUUUGACAAUACCCCAGCAGCCUUGGACGGCACAGUGGCAUCUGGCGAUGAGAUCACCGGUGUCAAUGGCAAGUCAAUCAAAGGAAAAACUAAGGUGGAGGUGGCAAGGAUGAUCCAGGAGGUGAAGGGGGAAGUGACCAUCCACUACAACAAGCUGCAGGCAGAUCCCAAGCAGGGCAUGUCCCUGGACAUUGUGUUGAAGAAGGUCAAGCACCGGCUGGUGGAGAACAUGAGUUCAGGGACUGCAGAUGCCCUGGGCCUGAGCCGGGCCAUCCUGAGCAAUGAUGGGCUUGUCAAGAGGCUGGAAGAGCUGGAGCGGACUGCCGAGCUAUACAAAGGGAUGAUGGAACACACCAAGAACCUCCUGCGGGCCUUUUAUGAGCUGUCACAGACCCAUCGAGCCUUUGGGGAUGUGUUCUCCGUGAUUGGGGUGCGGGAGCCCCAGCCAGCUGCAAGCGAGGCUUUUGUGAAGUUUGCCGACGCCCACCGCAGCAUUGAGAAGUUUGGCAUUCGGCUACUGAAAACCAUCAAGCCGAUGCUGACAGAUCUGAACACAUACCUCAAUAAAGCCAUCCCAGACACUCGCCUCACCAUCAAGAAGUACCUGGACGUGAAGUUUGAGUACCUGUCGUACUGCCUGAAGGUGAAGGAGAUGGACGAUGAGGAAUACAGCUGCAUUGCCCUAGGGGAGCCCCUGUACCGAGUGAGCACAGGCAACUACGAGUACCGCCUGAUCCUGCGCUGCCGCCAGGAGGCCCGCACCCGCUUCUCCCAAAUGCGCAAGGAUGUGCUAGAGAAGAUGGAGCUGCUGGAUCAGAAGCAUGUCCAGGACAUUGUGUUCCAGCUGCAGCGCUUCGUGUCCACCAUGUCCAAGUACUACAAUGACUGCUACGCAGUGCUGCGCAACGCCGACGUCUUCCCCAUCGAGGUGGACCUGGCGCACACCACGCUGGCCUACGGCCUCACCCAGGAUGAGUUCAUCGAUGGGGAGGACGAGGAGGAGGAGGAUGAGGACACAGCAGCCGGGGAGCCGUCUAGGGAUACACGAGGGGCCACCGGACCCUUGGACAAGGGUGGAAGCUGCCAGAGGAAGAGUGGUCUCUGGGCCUGCCUUAGCAAGGAGACGAGAACAGGAAGGAAGACGGGUUGGAGGGGGCAGAACGUCCAGGACCCGAUCCUCGUGGGCAACUCUGCUGGCCCCCCCGGAGCCUGCCAGGAGUGUGGGGCUAGGGGGACAGCCCAAGGUGGGGCCACUGUCUCAUGUACACCCUCACCUCGCCCCAGGCGGACCCCACCCAGCGCACACCGCGGCGGCCUUUAUUUAUUUUGCUCCCCCGGCUCAUACUUCUCUGGAACAGGGCUGGUGUUGGGCCUGUACUGAAUAAA